UUACCGGUCUGCUAAAUUUUCUCCUUAAAAUUCCAGCUUAAGACAUCUCUCGUCUUCAGUCUUGAAGAAAGCGCAGGUGAGUGUCACAGAGAGAGAGGGAGAGCCGUUGGUGAGAGAAACGUCUCUCUCCCUCUUAAGAAUUUUACCUUCAAUUCAAUUUCUUCUACUUAUUUUAAUUCAUCUCUUAACCUAUUUCAAGCCAAGUGAUGGAUGUAAAUUUAAAUGAGAACGAGUCGUUGUUGGCUCGCAUCCAGCAAUUGGAGCAUGAGCGAGAUGAAUUACGCAAAGAUAUUGAACAGUUGUGUAUGCAGCAAGCUGGACCAAGCUACCUAGUUGUGGCUACUCGAAUGCAUUUUCAAAGGACAGCUGGUUUGGAGCAGGAGAUUGAGAACUUGAAGAAGAAGUUAGCUGCUUGCACAAGGGAUAAUCUAAAUCUUCAAGAAGAGCUGUCAGAGGUGUACCGAAUCAAGAGCCAGUUGGCAGAUCUACAUGCUGCAGAGGUCACAAAGAAUGUUGAAGCAGAAAAGCAGCUUAAAUUUUUCCAAGGCUGUGUGGCAGCUGCUUUUGCAGAGAGGGAUAAUUCAAUAAUGGAGGCUGAGAAGGCUAAGGAGAAGGAGGAGCUCAUGUCACAGAAAUUUAAUGAGUUCCAUAAAAGGUUGGAAGAGCUCACCUCAGAUUGUCUUGAGCAGAAAAAUCUUAAUGCUACGCUGCAGGCUGAUUUAGCAAAAGAAGAAGAGCUGAAUGAAACUUUUAAGGAGGUUAUAAAUAAGUUUUAUGAGAUCAGGCAGCAAGCUGUUGGGGGAUUUGAGGAUAAAAGUUGGGAUGAUAAAUGUGCAUGUCUGUUGCAGGAUCCUGUAGAAAUGUGGAGUUUCAAUGAUACUUCCACCUCUAAAUACAUAAGUGCAUUGGAAGAUGAGCUGGAGAAAAUGAAGAGCUCUGCAGAGAGUCUUCAAAGUAAAUUACGCAUGGGUCUGGAAAUUGAAAACCAUCUAAAGAAGAGUGUUCGUGAAUUGGAAAUGAAGAUAUUCCGUUCAAACAAAUUCCUAAUCAAUGGGAUUGUAGAAUUACGCCACUUCCAUUCUCAGCAUAAAGUUGACAUUAUGAACUUACUUGAUGAGGGAAGAUCCCAUAUUAUAUCAAUUUCUGAUAUGAUCCAAGAAAACAUUCAGCAAUUUGAUGUGGGCAGAGGACAGAAUACGGGGACUAAUCAGAGAGAUGAAAACUUAGACGAAUAUGAGUGUCAUGAUGUACAUAUAAGUACUGAUGCUAAUACCAGUUUAGUAUCUAAGAUGAAGGGCCCUGGUUUAUCUGAUGCUGUAGCUGAAAGAAAGGGUGAUACCUCUGAAGCCCUUGCAUUGGCUUUGCAAGAGAAGGUUGCAGCAUUAUUGCUUUUAUCGCAGCAGGAAGAAAGACAUUUAUUGGAAAAAAAUGUGAAUGUAGCUCUUCAGAUGAAGAUUGAGGAACUUCAGCGAAACUUAUUACAAGUUACCAAUGAAAAGGUAAAAGCUCUCGUGGAGUUGGCACAGUUAAAGCAGGAGUACCAUCUGCUACAAGAGAAAAUCAGUUAUGGAAAGAAACAAGGGAAAGAUUGGGCUGAAAUUGGGGAAAAUAGACUUGUUACUCCUGAUAGAGAUGGAAGGUUAAGGAAUUUGUUCAAGAAAACAUAUCUAAGACGUUGGAUUGGUGCACAGGAUUUGAGUAGACAGGACACUCAAGCUCGCCUAAAUAAUGCAGGGGACAUGACUGCCCGAAGUACCAGUAGUAUGGAUUUUGCCAGAAUGAAGAUUGAAAAUGCAACCCUUAAGGAGAGCAUGGAAAGUAUGGAGCAUCUGACCUCUUCAGUUCAUAGACUUCGUCUCUCGCUUUCCAAGGUACAGGUCAAAGAAUCAGCUACUUCUGAAGGUACGGUUACCACUAGCAUGUUUGAAGCUCUUGAUGAAAUUGUUACCGAGGCAAAACUUAUAAAGACUGCCCUGGGCAGCUCCCUACCGUUAAGUUGGUCAGCUGAUGCAGAUGACGGAUCCAUUGGUGAAACUAUGGGCAGUGAAGUAGAUGAUAUAUAUGUGGACUCGAGCAAUGAGAAGAUUGAUUCGGUUUCUGCUGCAGGAUUUGAGAUGGUGGAGCUAGUAAUACUCGCAUCACAGAUAUUGAAAGACAGCGCAACCAAAAGGGGUUCCUGAAGUGAAGCUGAUUAGAACUCAUGUUGAUACCGGAACUUGUCACAAACUAAUUCUGGUUUGUUACUUUUUGGAUCCAGUUGAUUCUUGUGCUGGGAAGAAUUGGUUCUUUGUAUAUAUGUUGAUAUCCUGCGAUUAGGACAUGAAAGAAAAUCUACGAGGGCAAGGGAGGAAGGAAAUGAAAAUGCAGCGACACUGGAGGAGACAAUGUCGAAGAGGUCGAGUGGAAGACCUUGCAAUAUCGUGUCGUUGUUAAUUUAUCCCCUUAUGAUUUGAUCUUAGUGUGCUUUGGGGAAUUCUGGCAGCUUCAGUUCUUGAAAAUUUAUACAUGGGGUGUUGCUUGUAUACUGUACAGUGAUACGAUAAUUGGAUUAAUAUUUAUAAUUUUUUGUGGAAAAGUCUAAGCCUAAGCACCAAAUCUUUGUUUGCCUGGUAUAAGCUAAUAUAUCUCAUUUUGUGACUGAUUUUACAUUCACCAUGAUGUUAGUUUUUGGAUAAAGAGAGUAUCCAUCUGUU